AUGAUAACAAGAAAAAGGUUACGGUCUCGCGUAACGUGCAAUUCCCCGUUAUAUCGCGCUAGAUAGAAAAGUGCGUGCGCUUCAUCUCUCAAAACUCGCCUCAGAAAGCGAGAUCGAUUUCGAACAACGUGUUUCGGUGCAUUGACUUCGCCAGCGGCAACGACCUCCAGUACCAAAUGUGAGAUGCGGAGUUCGUCAGUUGCAUGCUCGGUCGCCUGGAAAAUCCCUGCGCAUCACGCAUUAAGCACGAAAUAUAAAUACUCCGCUGAAACGCUGCAGGGUCUGAUCAACCAUUUGUCUCCACACAUUCGCGAUAAAUAAUCGAUAUUCACUUGAGGUGCUAAACACAGUGCCGCUGAAGCAUUGUCUGGGCUUAUUUUUCAUGCAGAGAAGUGUCGCACCGUCACGCGUAGUGCCCCCAUGAAAUUUCCGCGAUCAUAGAUAUGCAACUGCUUUCACUGAAUAUUUUUCUAUGCACUCUGGGCGGCAUAUGGCGGCCUGUCAAGUGGACAUCAUGCUCCGCUAAGCUACUAUACCACGCGUUCAGCUUCUACAUAAUAGCCUCGCAGUAUUUAUUGGUGCUGACCCAAAUCAUAAAUCUCGUAAUCAUAUUUGGCGACAUCGAUGAAUUCCUUUUUAAUUUCCUAUCAUGUUUGACUCUCAUUGUCGUUUGUUUCAAAACCACAAUCGCAUUAAUGCAUCAAGAUGCGAUCAUCGACCUGAUACAGACGUUGUCGCAGGAACCGUGCAAGCCCCGGAACGCGGACGAAAUGGCGAUACAGACAAAAUUCGACGAGUUUAUUAGGUCAUGCACGAUAAAAUACGGGCUUAUGGCAACCGGCUCCAUCACGGGCGUCACCGUUAAAUCAGUGAUCGAUAUUAUGAAAGGUUUCUUGCCUUACAGAGCGUGGGUGCCGUACGAUUUGAGUUCAUUUGUGCCUUUCAUGAUCACGUCCAUUCAACAGAUAGUGACAUUGGUCUUCGCCACUAUCAUCAACGUCGGCAUGGAAACUCUGAUAUGCGGCAUGAUUUUGCAAACAUGCGCGCAAAUUGAGAUUUUCGAGGAACGUCUUCAAAAAAUGAUAAACAACAGAAGAGUCAGAUCAGUCAAUCAACAGAACAGCGGAGAUCCUGAAUGUUCCUCAACAGCUCCAACGAAUCACCAAGAAGAGAUAAUAUCCGCACACAUACGUCAUCAUCUUAUUAUUUACGAGUACGCAAAAACAGUAAACAAGGUGUUCAGACUUGUACUCUUUGUUCAAUUCCUCAUAAGUUUAAUCAUCUUGUGUAUGAGUGUGUAUUACUUGUCGUAUUACAUUACGGAUGUAGAAGCUUCGUCUAUGGUAGUAUACACUAUUUGCAUGUUUAUACAAAUUUAUAUUUAUUGCUGGUCCGGAAACGAGGUCAUACUUAAGAGUUCGAGUAUAGGAAACGCAGUGUAUCAGACAGAUUGGUGUAUGUUACCUACCAGCGAAAAGAAAGAUCUACUGAUGAUUUUAAAACGUAGUACGAUUCCUAUCAAAUUUACCAGCAGUUUCCUGAUUACUCUAUCUCUCGAGUCUUUCAGUGGCAUUCUCAGAACAUCGUACUCGGCAUUCAACGUAUUGCAACAGAAUUCUUGAGAUAGGAACAGUUGUAAAAAAUUGGAAAAUUACGAAUGUAUUUACCAAUAAUAUUAACGAUAAUAACUUUGUAGUAUAUGUAAAAUAA